CCUAGACAUUUUUUUAUUAUCGUUUGUAGCGAGUUGCGGAAUGUUAUGAAAAUUAUAUUAUCGGCAUGAACAGAAACUUUUCUCGACGUUUCCGGAUUUCACGUUGACAGCGAUAAGGAGAUUGUAACAAUGCGUAUGAUAAUCUUCGGUUAUUUUUUCAUUCAAUUCUACAUGUAGAUACAACGGUAUAAUUGUUCUGCCAACGACAAUCGUCCAGGUCUUCUAUUAUCUGGCAAUACUCGAGAUCUAGAACGAUGCUCGUUACUCCAACUAUAGGACCGUUGCCUUUGCGGAGGUGAUUCUACACCAGCAUAUAUUGGGUAAUUCUUCCACGAACUAAAGGCAUAUCAAACAAAAGGUGUGAAAAGCGAUUGAAAUUGAAAAUGGUAAAAUUAGGGCUACAAUUAAAAGCUUGUUAAAUAUACGAUGACGCUUUCAAUGUUUUUAAAAGUCAACUUUCGGCCGUUUCUGAAGAAUUCGUAAUCGUUUCAAGGAAAAAUGUUCAAAAUUUAUACCUUACCGAACUACCGCUUAUCGACAUGUGAAUACGUGGCGCGUUGAAUAUUUACAUUUAAAACACUUCGUAAAGACGCUUCUUUUUUCGCAAUUGAAAUAACGAUACAUUUGUAAAUAUGUACAUACCGUUAUUGGUUAAUAGAAAAUAAAGGCGUGAAUAUCAACGGUUGAUUUUAUAAUUAACACGCGUGCGUUUGGGUUUGUUUUUACGUAUGAUAUAGGUUAACAGAUGACGGAUGAAUGUUGUUCUCCGGUUGAAUCUUAUUCUUUAUAAAUUAUAACGAUGUUGAGAAGACGGAAAGUUAAUAUCAAAGCUGUCAAAGAGCUGGAUGCGUUUCCCAAAGUUCCUGAACCGUAUGUUGACAAAACUGCAGUUGGAGGGACUUUUUCCAUAUUCACGAUCUGCACCAUUGUAUAUUUAAUAAUAGCUGAAACAGGUUAUUACCUCGACAGUAGAUUAGAAUUUAAAUUUGAACCGGACACAGACAUCGAUGCGAAGCUAAAAAUAAAUAUUGAUAUAACUGUCGCAAUGCCAUGUGGUCGCAUAGGUGCAGAUGUGUUAGAUUCUACGAAUCAAAAUAUGAAAGGCCAUCAAACGUUAGAAGAGGAAGAUACGUGGUGGGAAUUAACGCAGGAACAAAGAUCCCAUUUCAAAGCUUUAAAACAUAUGAAUUCUUACUUAAGAGAAGAAUAUCAUGCCAUUCACGAACUGCUGUGGAAAUCUAAUCAAGUUACCUUGUAUAGCGAAAUGCCAAAGAGAACUCAUCAGCCUAGUUACGCCCCAAACGCGUGUCGUGUUUACGGUAGUUUAAAUGUUAACAAAGUCGCUGGAAAUUUUCACAUAACGGCUGGAAGAUCGUUGCCUAUUCUCAGAGAACACAUACACAUUUCAGCUUUUAUGACCGGUAAUGAUUAUAACUUCACUCAUAGAAUAAAUAAGUUUUCGUUCGGAGGGCCUAGUCCGGGUAUUGUCCAUCCUUUAGAGGGAGACGAAAAAAUUGCUGACGACAAUAUGAUCCUAUAUCAGUACUUUGUAGAAGUAGUUCCCACCGAUAUACAAACUUUGUUUAGUACUUCUAAAACGUACCAGUAUAGCGUGAAGGAUCAUUAUAGACCUAUCGAUCAUCAAAAGGGAUCUCAUGGGAUUCCAGGGAUCUUCUUCAAAUAUGACAUGAGUGCAUUGAAAAUAAAGGUCACUCAACAACGUGAUACAGUGUGUCAAUUUUUAGUGAAAUUGUGUGCCACGGUCGGAGGUAUUUUUGUUACAAGUGGAUUGGUAAAGAAUAUUGUGCAGAGUUUCUGGUACAUUGUGUGCUGCAAAUUUCCAACGCCCAAAGACGUGAAAAGUGAUCAGAAAUAUCCGAUUCCAGCGGCUCGACAGAAGUUUCGAGUUCCUGGAACAAUAAAUCUCUUGGAUGUUCCUACACCGGAAGGUGUAGACAUCAUUUAAACUACGAUGAAAAUACUAUUGUAAUUUAAUUUUUAAAUGAUUUCCAGACAUUGCAUGAUACUCUUACAUUCAUAAUAUUUGUAAGCAAAAAUGGCCUUGAAUAAUAUAUUUGUAACGAUCUUGUAUAUAACAAUCGAUUAUUAAUAAUAGUAAUUUUAUAUCCAUGAUUUAUCUUUAGAACCUGCUGCAUGGUUCUCCAUUUCUCCUCAUUUUCUUUAAUAGAAUUAAGAGAUCGAA